ACUAAGCAGGUUGUUUGAUGUGUCUAAUAUUGUUAUAUUAAUUUUUCUUCAUUAGAUUCUUAUUUGUUUCUGAUUGUACUUGUGUAGCUUUGUUGUUUGGGUGCAGAUAAGAUUCACAGCAAGAUGGGCGAAGGCACCUUUGGCCAGGUCUUGGAAUGUUGGGACAGAGAAAGGAAGGAUAUGGCUGCCAUUAAAAUUGUUCAUGGUAUUAAGAAAUAUCGUGAAGCAGCUAUGAUAGAAGUUGAAGUAUUGCAACAGCUUGGGAAACAUGAUAAGGAUGGCAACCGUUGUGUGCAAAUAAGGAACUGGUUUGACUAUCGUAACCAUAUCUGUAUUGUGUUUGAGAAGCUUGGACCAAGCUUAUACAAAUUUCUACGGAAAAACAAUUAUCGCUCAUUUCCAAUUGAUCUUGUCCGUGAGAUUGGCAGACAACUGUUGGAAUGUGUAGCAUUUAUGCAUGAUUUGCAUCUGAUUCAUACGGAUUUGAAGCCUGAGAAUAUUCUUCUAGUGUCUUCAGAGCAUGUUAAAGUUCCAGAUUACAAGGGUUCCUCACGAUCGCCAAAGGAUGGUUCUUACUUCAAAAAAGUUCCAAAAUCAAGUGCCAUCAAGGUAAUUGAUUUUGGCAGCACAACUUAUGAUCGUCAAGAUCAGAGCUACAUUGUAUCAAUUCGACAUUAUCGGGCACCAGAAGUAAUUCUGGGGCUUGGGUGGAGUUAUCCUUGCGAUGUUUGGAGUGUUGGUUGCGUCUUAGUGGAGUUGUGCUCAAUAUGUUAUGUCAUUCCCAAAGGAUGUUUUGUGGUUCCAUUUCUUUCAGCAGUCCAUUUAGAUGAAAAUUUGUAUGAAGGAGCGAUCACUUUCAAUCCAUGGAGAUGGAUGGACCCUUUGAAUCAG